AUGGCCUCCUCCUCCUCGUCGUCCUUGCCCGCGGCGUGGGCGGCGGCGGUGCGGGCGUGGGCGGUGGCGCCGGCGCUGCGGGCCGCGGUGUGGGCGUGCCUCGCCAUGUCCGCCAUGCUCGUCGCCGAGGCCGCCUGGAUGGGCCUCGCCAGCCUCGCCGCCGCCGCCGCCAGGCGCCUCCGUGGGUACGGCUACCGCUGGGAGCCCAUGGCCGCGCCGCCCGACGUCGAGGCGCCCGCGCCCGCGCCCGCGGAGUUCCCCAUGGUGCUCGUGCAGAUCCCCAUGUACAACGAGAAGGAGGUGUACAAGCUCUCCAUCGGAGCGGCGUGCGCGCUCACGUGGCCACCGGACCGUAUCAUAAUCCAAGUCUUGGAUGACUCCACUGAUCCUUUCGUUAAAGAAUUAGUGGAGCUUGAAUGUAAGGAAUGGGCCAGCAAGAAAAUUAAUAUCAAGUAUGAGGUUAGAAACAACAGGAAGGGAUACAAAGCAGGAGCCCUGCGGAAAGGCAUGGAGCAUACAUAUGCACAACUGUGUGACUUUGUUGCUAUCUUCGAUGCAGAUUUCGAGCCUGAAUCAGACUUCCUCUUAAAAACCAUGCCAUAUCUUUUGCACAAUCCAAAGAUUGCACUUGUGCAGACACGUUGGGAGUUUGUGAACUACAAUGUUUGCCUGAUGACAAGGAUACAGAAGAUGUCACUGGACUACCACUUCAAAGUGGAGCAAGAGUCAGGCUCAUUUAUGCACGCAUUCUUUGGUUUCAACGGUACAGCUGGUGUGUGGCGCGUAUCUGCUAUUAAUCAAUCUGGAGGAUGGAAAGACCGCACCACUGUGGAAGACAUGGAUUUGGCUGUAAGGGCAAGCCUAAAGGGAUGGGAGUUCUUGUAUGUUGGUGAUAUAAGGGUGAAGAGUGAACUCCCAAGUACCUUCCAGGCCUACCGUCACCAACAACAUAGAUGGACAUGUGGUGCUGCCAAUCUUUUCAGAAAAAUGGCAUGGGAAAUUAUUACAAACAAGGAGGUAUCAAUGUGGAAGAAAUAUCAUCUUCUGUACAGUUUUUUCUUCGUACGGAGAGCCAUUGCUCCCAUCCUGACUUUCUUGUUCUACUGUAUUGUCAUCCCAUUGUCUGCCAUGGUUCCUGAAGUCACUAUUCCUGUGUGGGGCCUGGUCUAUAUUCCCACAGCCAUUACUAUUAUGAAUGCCAUCAGAAAUCCAGGGUCAGUCCAUCUCAUGCCAUUCUGGAUUCUAUUUGAGAAUGUCAUGGCCAUGCACCGUAUGCGUGCAGCUCUAAGCGGUUUACUUGAAACUGCACGUGCAAAUGAUUGGGUAGUUACUGAAAAAGUAGGUGAUCAGGUGAAGGAUGAGCUUGAUGUCCCACUUCUUGAACCACUGAAGCCCACUGAAUGUGCUGAAAGGAUUUACAUUCCUGAGCUCUUGCUUGCGCUCUAUCUCCUUAUAUGUGCAUCGUAUGAUUUCGUUCUUGGAAAUCAUAAAUACUACAUCUACAUCUACCUCCAAGCUGUUGCAUUCACUGUGAUGGGGUUUGGCUUUGUUGGAACAAGAACUCCUUGUUCGUAGCUUACCAUUUACCAUUUGAGAUUUUUUUUCUCCUAUGACAAGAGCCAGUAUUUUGUGUGCAAGAAGGAUGAUCUGAUGAUAGGAUAUACAAAAUUGGGUUAAAUGAUCUAGGCUAGAGAUGUGUAUAUUUCUAAUUGAUGCAGAAUGGGAGAGAUGACUUCUAGAGUUCCAACCUCCCAGUAGUGGUAGGAUGAGCCACCAGCUGUAUCUGUUUUAUUCAGGCAUAAUUUGGGAAAUUACGUCCUGACUAACUAAUAAUCAAUCAGUUUGAUUCAGCAUGAUUUUUUUGAAAUUGAAA